UUUAAUUUUUGAAUGACAAUGGAAGAGGGUCAAAUACAAAUUCUCCUGCUACUAUUUACAGAGAUGUGAAGUCAACUCAUGAAAGCUAGACGACUGAGUACCCUGGAUUCUAUUUUACACAUCUUUAAACUGCAAAAUAAUGUUGUUAAUCUGUCUCAUCAUAGCCCUUUUGCAACCCCGAAAGCUCAUUAUCAUUCUCGAGCCGCAGCUCUUGGACAGCAAAAUGUUGAACAAUCAAACGAGUUUUUUGAUGCCCACCAGGUGCUCGAUGAAGGGCACGACUGGAAUGUUGUUUCAGCAACCACUCUACUUGGCCAAUAUUCUCGCUACAAUCGACACAAGGAGGUGAUUUAUCUCUAUAUAAGAAUGCUGCAGCUAGAUGUUAGACCCAAUGAGUUCACAUUUGGUACUGUUAUACCGUCGUCUAUGAUUUUGAAAGAUUUGAGUUUGGGGAAGCAGCUUCAUGGGCAUGUGACUAAGGCUGGUCUUGCGUCGAAUGUGUUUGUGGGUAGUGCAAUGCUGAGUCUUUAUGCAAAGUUGAGCAGCAUUGAGGAAGCUCAUAGGGUGUUUGGUGAUACUUGUGACCCUAAUGUGGUUUCGUACACAACUUUGAUGCGUGGGUACAUUGAGAAAAAUAGGUUUGAGGACGCGCGUAGUAUUUUUAGGGCAAUGCCUGAGAGAAAUGCGGUGUCCUGGAAUGCUAUGAUUAGCGGGUAUAGCCAAAAGGGGUGUAAUGAAGAGGCGGUUAAUCUUUUUAUUGAGAUGAUGAGGGAAGAUUUGGCGCCUGAUAGGUGUACGUUUCCGUGUGCUAUUGUUGCAGCUGCUAAUAUAGCUGCAAUUGGAAUGGGAAGAAGUUUUCAUGCUUGUGCUAUUAAGUAUAUUGGUGAGCUCGAUUUGUUUGUUGCCAAUUCACUGAUUAGCUUUUAUGCGAAAUGUGGAUGCAUGGAUGAUAGUUUAUUGGUUUUCAACGAGCUCUUGGAAAAGAAUGUUGUUUCUUGGAAUGCUUUGAUAUGUGGUUUUGCACAAAACGGAAGAGGGAAGGAAGCUAUGCAAAUAUACGAUAAGAUGCAAUCAUCGGGUCUCAAACCGAAUAGGGUCACACUUCUUGGUAUCUUAUCGGCUUGUAACCAUGCCGGACUCGUCAAUGAGGGUUAUUUUUACUUCAAGCAAGCAAGACUUAGAGACCCUGACAUGCUAACGCCGGAACAUUAUUCUUGUAUGGUUGAUUUGCUUUCUCGUUCAGGACGUUUUGAGGAAGCAGAGAAGUUCAUUCGUGAUUUGCCUUUCAAUCCUGGACUUGGGUUCUGGAAAGCAUUGCUAGGAGGCUGCCACAUCCACUCAAAUAUGCAAUUGGGGGAGUUUGCAGCCCAAAAGAUAAUGGCCUUGGAUCCUGAAGACGUGUCAUCAUAUGUAUUGCUGUCAAAUUCGCAUUCGGCUGCUGAAAGGUGGGAAAACGUGUCAAUGGUGAGACACAAGAUGGCUGAAAAAGGUCUGCAGAGGGUUCCAGGGUGCAGUUGGAUUGAAAUCAGAAGUAACAUCCAUGUGUUUGUUACUAGGGAUGAGAAACAUGAACAGAAUGAUGAGAUUUAUAUGCUCUUAUGGAUCUUUCUAAAACAUGCAACAGACUCCCAGAAUUUGCCUUUUCUGUCUAUAUAUUGACCCAGUAUCAAAAGAGAUGACUAUAUAGUCUUCAUUGGCUGGAUACAAAUACCUGAUGCCAUCUUGAAUAUCACAAAUCUGACUACGUGCCAUGGUCAGUCUAGGUUCUGAAAUGACUUGAAACCUCCGGAAUAAAAUCUGGAUUUGCCUGGAGUACUUAUAUACAAACUUAGCGAAGUGGCAAAACCAAACUGGACAAGCAACUGAAUGCAGCUUGCAAUGUUCCAGGAGAUAAUGGUGCAACAUUAGUUCUUCAGUAACUAUCAAACAUUCAUUAAUCCGUCAUCGUGUAGUAUAUUUUUCAUCAGUAUCCUGCUAGGAGAAGGCAUUCUCAACAUCACUGAUGUGCCAGCAAUAUUAUCAAAAGAUCAUAUCUUUAUGUUUUGAAGGAUCAAAAGAUCAUGUCACUAUAUCCGUGAGUGUGAGAGCUCCCCAAGAGGAAACGGGCGUUGCGUGCAUUUCACAGGGAGUCCCACCUACCGGGUGUUGCGCUCGGUUAGUUCAAUUUACAUAGUGUUUGGCUUUGGAACUAGUCGGCAUGUUUUUAAAAUAAAAAAUCACCUAGUAUAUCUUUCAUCG